AUGGCAGAGCGUGCGACGGUUUGGGGCGGAUGUCGCUGGAGUGUCGGCGGGAGGGUGCAGUGCGCCAAAAGCCACGACGGCGACUGGGACGACGACGACGACGACGACGACGAGGUGGUCGGACGGCGGGCCUGGGGGGCACCUGGGCUGAGUCAAUCUGAGUCUGGCGUGCGUGGUGCUUGUUGGAGAUGUCGUACCCUGGGCAAAGGCAGAAGCAAGAAGGGGAUCCCUGGGGGUGGACAAGCGAUACCAGAGGCCGCUAUGUGCCUCGCGAGCUACGCAGCGCUAGAGCAUCCACUUUCAAAUGCCUGCCACGACGCGGACACCGACGUAAACGCAGACCCUGGCCUGGCGGUAGCGGCUUGUCACUUCGAAUCAGCGCGUCUCCCUCGGCGACCGCGUGCGUACGAGGAGGGAGGAGGAGAGCGGACGUCUUUGCUGCCGGUGGAGGAAUGCGCUGCUGGUGGCGUUUGGAGCUUCAAUCCUUCACUCGCAGCACACGCAACUCUAACGCCGCCACGCCAGAAGACUUGCAGCCGUAGUGCCUUGUCUACCAGCACCACUGCUGUGCUAAUCGCCCAGUCGUAUGCACCUCACCACGGAGCUGCUCACGGCAUCGGUGCUAGGGGGCUCGUCUACAAACUCUCACCUGGACAGGCUCUCGCCAAGCAGCAGCAGCAGCAGCAGCUUCACAUGCACGCAAUCGUAGCUACAGGACGUGUGCAUUCAGCUGCGCCGUCGCCGCUCUCCACACCCUCACGAUACAAUAUCACCUUCACACGCCCCCAAUCGACCCUCCCAUCGUCACCCACACCAGCAGGCCGCUGCUGGCAUUACAGUUGGGGUGGGUUGAAAGCUUCCAGCAAUCAUAGCGCAAGGGUCCCACGCAUCGACGACACCCCCCCUGUCGCUCCAACUCCCGAGCAGGGCAAGCGCGGCAACACGGCAGGCCGACACCUCCAAGCUUCUGACCAUGGCCGCUGCUGCUCUCGUACCUGCAGCAGCACCAAGCUCCUCCUCUCCUGCGCUCGCGCACACACGCUUUCAGCGAAAUUCGCGAGACAGACCAGAAAUCUCCGCGCGGGCACGCUUCUCGAAAUAGACUUUCACCAUCCAUCUCGCCAGUUCGGAUCCACCAUGCCGAUCGAAGGACUGCCCGUCUCAGAUUUAUUCAAAUCUGUGAAGACGAAGCCCCUCCCUCGUUUCGCUGCAUCCUCGAAACGGAAAUGCUUGAGUCGUGUGUCUUAUCUUUCACGUGGGGCCGCCAAGAGACACUUCAUCACCGCACCAAGUCCAUGUCUUUAA